CGCUGCUCGCCUUCUUGAGAGGAGAGAGGCAGAGAAUCACAAGCCUUCUCCUCCUCCAUCCUCUGUGUGAGCGUGUGGCUUUUUACACUGGUACACACGUUGGCUGGUGGAAUCACACAGCACCGUUCGCAUUAGUGGAGGAACUGUGCUGUGUCUUCCAGAAUGCUCAACAAUCUCACAGAAUGUGAAGAGGGCGAUGGGGGACCCAACAAUCAGGGAGAUGCAACUUCCAAGGAGAGCAGCCCCUUUAUCAACAGCAGCACAAGUGAUGUAGAGAAAAGCCAGCAGUAUGAUGGAAAAAACAUGGCACUGUUUGAGGAGGAGAUGGACACUAGUCCCAUGGUAUCUUCUUUGCUCAGCAGCCUAGCCAACUACUCCAACUUGACACAGGGCAGUAAAGAGCAUGAGGAGGCAGAAAACAAUGAGGAAGCACGCAAGAAAACUGUACAGGCUCCACGCAUGGGCACAUUAAUGGGCGUUUACCUGCCAUGUAUGCAGAACAUCCUGGGGGUGAUUCUGUUUCUCAGGAUGACCUGGCUGGUGGGUGCUGGGGGUGUAUUGGGCACCUUCAGCAUCGUCUUCAUGUGUUGUUCCACGACUAUGUUGACUGCUAUCUCGAUGAGUGCAAUUGCCACCAAUGGAGUUGUGCCAGCUGGUGGUUCCUACUACAUGAUUUCUCGUUCACUGGGGCCAGAGUUUGGUGGGGCUGUUGGUAUAUGUUUCUUCCUGGGUACCACUUACGCUGGAGCCAUGUAUAUCCUGGGCUGCAUCGAAAUCCUACUGAUCUACAUUGUGCCGUCAGCUGCUAUAUUUAAAAUGGAGGGUCUGGAGGGAGCAGAGGCCGAGGCAGCGCUGUUGAAUAACAUGCGAGUGUACGGUACCAUUGUGCUCUCCUUAAUGGCUUUGGUUGUUUUUGUCGGUGUGAAGUAUGUCAACAAAUUGGCCCUUUUGUUCCUCGCCUGCGUUAUUCUCUCCAUCCUUGCUGUCUAUGCUGGGGUCAUCAAGACAUCUUUUGAUCCACCAGAAUUUCCGGUCUGUGUGCUCGGGAAUCGAACUCUUGUAUCAAAGACCUAUGACAUUUGUGCAAAGACCAUAGAAAGUGGCAAUACCACAGUCACCACCAAGCUCUGGAGAGCCUUCUGUGACUCUGAGUUCCUGAAUGCCACCUGUGAUGAGUACUUCACCAACAAUAACAUCUCUCAAAUCCAGGGAAUCCCUGGAAUCACCAGUGGUAUCCUGGCAGAGAAUCUUUUCAGUAGCUUUAUGGAGAAAAAUUCUAUCUUAGAAAAACGAGGUCUGCCAGCAACGCACAACCCUGACAGCCCACUAACCAACACUAACCGAUAUGUCCUGGCCGACAUCACCAGCUUCUUCACCCUGCUGGUGGGCAUCUACUUCCCCUCUGUAACAGGCAUCAUGGCUGGUUCCAACCGUUCUGGUGACCUGCAGGAUGCUCAGAAGUCCAUCCCUGUUGGUACCAUAUUAGCCAUUGCCACUACCUCCUUUAUCUACAUGUCUAGUGUGGUUCUGUUUGGGGCCUGUGUAGACGGAGUCGUUUUGAGGGACAAGUUUGGGGAAGGUGUCAACGGUAACUUAGUUAUUGGCACGCUGGCUUGGCCUUCGCCCUGGGUCAUUGUGUUUGGCUCCUUCUUCUCCACCUGUGGGGCGGGUCUUCAGAGUUUGACAGGAGCACCUCGCCUCCUUCAAGCCAUCGCUCGAGAUGGAAUCAUUCCUUUCCUUAGGGUGUUUGGCCAUGGCAAAGCUAACGGUGAACCCACAUGGGCUCUCCUCUUGACAGCUUGUAUCUGUGAGAGUGGCAUCCUUAUUGCCUCCCUGGAUGCAGUUGCGCCCAUUCUCUCCAUGUUCUUUCUUAUGUGCUAUAUGUUUGUAAACCUGGCUUGUGCCCUGCAGACACUUCUCAGAACUCCUAACUGGAGGCCACGCUUCAAGUUCUACCACUGGGCUUUGUCACUCUUGGGCAUGAGCUUGUGUCUUACCCUGAUGUUCUUGUGCUCUUGGUACUAUGCCAUUGUUGCCAUGGUGAUCGCUAGCUGCAUCUACAAAUACAUAGAGUUCUGCGGGGCAGAGAAGGAAUGGGGUGAUGGAAUACGUGGCAUCUCUCUCAGUGCUGCCCGCUUUGCUCUUAUGAGGCUGGAGGAGGGUCCUCCUCACACUAAAAACUGGAGACCACAGAUUCUGGUGCUUGUGGGUUUGGAUGGGGAACAGAAUGUAGAGCAACCUCGACUGCUGUCGCUGACCAAUCAGCUGAAAGCGGGCAAAGGUUUGACCAUUGUGGGGGCAUGUGUGGAGGGCACCUACUUGAACAACCAACCACAGGCACAGAAAGCAGACCAAUCCUUAAGGAAGCUGAUGGAGGCAGAGAAGGUGAAGGGGUUCAGUCAGGUGGUGAUCUCUUCUAACCUUCGGAAUGCCACCUCACACAUGAUCCAGGCUGGAGGACUCGGUGGCCUUCGCCACAACACUGUGCUGGUCAGCUUCCCCAAGAACUGGAAACAGGCUGAGGAGCACCACCGUUGCAGGAACUUCAUUGAGAUUGUUAGGGAGACCACUGCGGCUCAUUUAGCCCUACUUGUGCCAAAAAACAUCUCUGCAUAUCCAUCAAAUGGUGAGCGUUUCACUGAGGGACACAUUGAUGUGUGGUGGAUUGUCCAUGAUGGAGGCCUGCUCAUGCUUCUUCCCUUUCUUUUGCGCCAACACAAGGUGUGGAGGAAGUGUAAGAUGCGUAUCUUCACUGUGGCUCAGAUGGACGACAACAGCAUUCAAAUGAAGAAAGACCUGAUAAUGUUCCUGUAUCACCUGCGGCUUGAUGCUGAGGUGGAGGUGGUGGAAAUGCAUGACAGUGACAUCUCGGCCUACACCUAUGAAAAGACCCUGGUGAUGGAGCAGCGAUCACAAAUCCUCAAGGAGAUGCAUCUUACCAAGAACGAGCGAGAGAGAGAGAUUCAGAGCAUCACAGAUGUGUCUCGUGGGUCAAUUCGUCGAAAGAACCCUUCCAAUCUGCACACUCAGAGGAGUAUUGCUGAGGAGUCAGUGGCGGGGAGUGGCCAAGAGAAACCUGAGGAGGAGGUUCAACUCAUUCAGGAAAAAAAUGCCACCCCCACUAGCCCCACAUCCCCUACCUCUCCCACCCCAGUAGCCAUAACUCCUGGGCAGGAGAUGCAGAUGACCUGGACGGAUGACACAGAGAAGGCCAAUAUCCCGGCGGUAGCCAACCCAGAAAGCAUAAAAGAUAUGUUCAACAUGAAACCGAAUCAGUCCAAUGUGAGACGCAUGCACCAUGCACAGAAGCUCAAUGAGGUCAUCGUGAAGAAGUCACAAGAAGCUAAACUAGUCCUGCUUAACUUGCCUGGACCACCUAAGAACCGCACUGGAGAAGAGAACUACAUGGAGUUCCUUGAGGUCUUGACUGAAGGUCUCAACAGGGUCCUCCUCGUGCGUGGAGGUGGACGUGAGGUCAUUACCAUCUACUCUUGAGAGGCUCAGCUCACCCAUCCAAAUAUUCCUCUCUGCAUUGCCGGAACGCCCCAGGAACUCGACCUACACCAUGAGCAAUAACGCCCCAGCACAUAUCAGAUGACUUUGCACUACAUAGUCUAAGACCUCUAAAAAGACACCAGCUUAGUAGAUGUCACUUCUUUCACAUUCUUUUACACAUUUUAUCUCUAUAUCUUUUCAAUCUUAUUUUAUUGGCUUAUUUCUCAGCUCAUGAACUCAACAAAUUAUAUAUUUCACAGUUCAUGAAAUGAUUGAGUUGGUCUUUGUUAAUACACUCUGAUGACUAAUUUUCAAAUGUUCUCCAGUGACACUCAACCAAAAUUUCAAUCCAUCUAACCUUAUUUAAUAUAACAUUUUCUGAGAACUCAAAGCUCUUAAGGGGUGGCCAGACUAGAUUUUAAGCAUGCAAAAUUACUUAAGGUUUAUGUUUUUUCAAGUUUCCGCCAUAUUGAUUUUCAGCCAAGUGGUCCAUCUGUGACGUUUAGAUCAUGUAUUGGUCAAACACCUUAUUGCAGUUAAAGUUUACCAAGAUUACCAAAGCAAUUAUAACAAAAUUUCUUUGUAUGUAUUUGUAUACAUACAGAAAAAAUGGAAGUAAAUUUAUCUCAAAAUCUAGUAUGACCACAGCAGUACACAGUGUCCUUACCAGAUGCAUUGAGCAACAGCACACUUUGUCGAUUGCUUGAUUACUAUUUUUGCUGCAUCGCACCGUGUAGCCCUAUCUACAGUGAAUUCUCAUCGGCUUCCACAUAGCUGUAUACGAAACAUCAAAUAUGUCCUUAUUGGCUGUUUAUGUGCUGUGUUGCGCAGCAUUUUUGCUUUCGGUGUGGACAGAUAUAUUGCUUGUCCCUGGAAACUUUUGAAAAACCACUGUUUAGGACACUGUGUUAGGCUUUAUAUAGCUAAUGAUUUUCUUCCUCUACAGUCACUCCAUUGUUCUAUUGUUUGUCAUAGGGUGAAUAGAAAGGUGAACUAUUUAUUUGUUGAAAAAAGUCUUCCAGUGUACCAUGUAAUUGUCUAAGGUGUGUUUUUACACCAAGGACAGAAAUGACCAGGGUUUAUUGUGAGCCAGGUGUAAGCACUCCAGAGGUUUUUACUUCUGGAUCAGUGACUAUCAGCUUUCACCCUUCAUCAUUGCAUGUCUUCUUGUCUACAUCAGCCUUCUACAAGUCAUGUACAACAUGAGAGUGUGUGACUGUCUGUGUGUGUGUGUGUGUGUGUGUGUGUACUGGUGUAGAUUUGGAGGGUUUGUUAAUUGCAGAAUUGCAGAACAACUUUGUUCCUUUCACAAAUAUGUUCACUUAAUCCAUGGUACUGAAAAAUAGUAGACAUAUUAGACAUUAAUUUUAUUGCUCAACCCACACGUGUGUACAUACUGUGGAGAAUGAGAGUUACAAAAAACUGAAUAGUAUCUGCUGUAUAAUGAAAACCCAUAUACAGUUUAAAUAUUCAGUACAGAUAUAACCCUGAAUAGUCUUAUUUAAACAGUAGAAAUAUAUAUCUUAA